AUGAGCGGCGGCGGCGGCGGCGGCGGCGGUCUAGCGGCGGGAGACGGCGGCAGCCCCGCGUCCCCGGCGGGCGAGUCUUCCCUCACGUGCCCCAUCUGCCACAAGCGCGCCGUCAGCAAGUACUUCCUGAGCGAGCACGUUCGGCAGCACACGGGCGGCUUCGCCUUCGUGUGCACGCAGUGCAACUACAAGACCAACCGCAGCCACGACCUGAAGCGCCACCUGCAGAGCCGCCACUUUGGGGAGCUGCAGCGGCCGCACCGGUGCCCCGUGUGCCCCUACCGCACCACGGGCGCCAUCCACCUGCACGCGCACAUCGCCUCCAAGCACCCGAACUACGCCCAUCCGUAG